GUAAAUCUGGUGGAAUGGUUGAAAAUGAUGGUUGCAAGAAGGCGCUCAGAAGAGGUGGUGGACCCAAUGAUAGAGAUUAGACCAUCAACAAGUGCCCUUAAACGGGCUCUUCUAACUGCUUUAAGAUGUGUUGAUCCAGAUGCUGAAAAAAGACCAAAGAUGAGUCAGGUAGUUCGCAUGCUUGAAUCAGAGGAGUAUCCUAUACCUAGACAGGAUCGGAGGCGCUGGAGAAGCCAUGCAGGGGAGGGUGAGACACAGAUGGAGAUUUCUGACGCUGAUAAGAGUGAUAAUCCAGAUUCGAAGUCGGAUGGGAGAAGGAACAAUAAAGCAUAG